AUGUUUGUGCAUUCACCCCCACCGCGCCGGCAUCGUCGACAUCUGAUCAGGAGACAAACAAACCCGAACGCUGAACCCUUAUCAAGAAGAGCGGAAAAAAGCGGAGGGAAGAAUCGGAAUGACAGGAGUCGUCUCCGAGUCCAGAAUCAGACGCCCUUAUCGGCAAAAAAAGGCGAUGGUGUCCCUUGCUCGCCUUCAGUCCCACACCGCCGCCCCGCCACCCCUCCCAAACACACAGCGCUUCGGGAUUCUGAAGCGGUGUGCAAAAUCAAGGUGAAGAAGAGGAGAAGCGGGACAGAGCCGGAAACCCCACCAAACAACCCCCCUCCAUCACACUACAUGUUUAAUGCCCGGAUUCUGAUGCGAAAAGAAGGGGAGAGGAGAAGCCCACGGGAUUCUGUCGUGUGUAUAUUUUCUAGCGUGCGGAUUCUGGCGUGCGGUUGA